ACAAUUGCUUAUUCACAGGAAAGAAGGAAAUGGAGAGCAAAGUUCUUCAAUUCCUCAAUUCAAACCCACUUCCGUCAAUCAUCCCCGUCUAUAAAAACCCUUCUUCAACAAUAAAAACAACAGUACACACUCCGACCACUGUCCCUCGUCGGAGAAGAUCUCUCUCGCUCAAUUGCACCAACACCAAAGGAGGCAACGACGACACUCCACAGCCAGCUCCACCACUCAUAACAUCAUCAGAAACUGUGGAGAUACGGUUUAAACGGGGCUCAAGAAAGAGGAACAGAAAUAGAAAGCAGAGUGCAGAACCAGUGAAGGCACAGGCUGUUCCUAAUCCUCCAAAGAAGUGGGAGGACAUGAGCCUUGCAGAGAAGGCACUUGAGGUUUACGUGGGAGAGAAGGGAAUGCUAUUUUGGCUCAACAAAUUUGCUUAUGCCUCCAUUUUCAUUGUAAUCGGAGGUUGGAUACUCUUCAGUGGAAUGGAGCCAUCACCCAUCCGUGGAAGCAGCCGUUGGAUUUUGUGGGGCAAUGUGGACGUGGAGGGUCAGGAUGUGGCCGACGAACGAUGCCGUUAAUGAACGAGGACGAGCUAAAUAACGGAUUAGGGCCAGAAGAGCGGGCGGCUUGUCGUAUAUCACAGGAGAAACUAGGGAAAAAAAAUGCCAAAAUGGGGAGAUCGAUUCGCUUUGUCGUUUCCAGUUGCAACAUAGAAAGGAAUUUUUAGGAGUCUAAAUCAGCUAAAUUUCCAAUCAGUAUGCUUCUAGAAAUUCAUGGUUUUGGAGUCUAAUGAUUUAUUAGAACAAAGUUGUUAAUGAAAAUUGAAAGGUUAUGUUUUUUCUUAAAAAAAAAAAAAGAAAUGGGAUUGAAAGAAUAAAAUAUGAUACUUCUUAAAUUUA